AUGCUCACCCUCCGCCGGGCAUGCUCAGUCGCCGCGGCGAGGCAGGAGUCCCCCCCCCCGAGCAAGCAGUUGGGACACCGGCUUUCGCCUUCCUGCCUCGCUAGCGGCUGGCGAAGCAACUUUAGGUGAGCGGGAGGGGAAAGUCCGGAGCCACCGGGCGGGCCCUGCUGCGAGCGAGUGGAUCUGCGAGGAAGGGGGUGGGAUGCUGGGCAGAGCCCUCUCCCUGCAAUAGGCAGAUGCAGACAGGGAGGGGGGCGAGAAAGGGACGUGGGGUUGCGCACCCGCCUUGAUCGGGAGGGGCGGAAGCAAUAAGGCGUCUCUAUCACGAGGUUGGGGGGGGGUCGGGGAGGGAAGCGAUUGCCCUUAGCCUCGCAGCUGCUCCGGUGCUUUGGGGUUGUUCGCUGCAAUGUGGCUGGCAAGCAGUUCCCAGGGAAAUUGGUUUCAACUUUCCCCGUUUCCUCUUUCACACCAUCGCCCCCCUUUUCCGAGAGUUUCCAGUUGGGUGGUGGCCUCCACCCCACCGCCAGCUUCCAAUUCUGUGCUUGCUUCGGCUAGCUGUGCCUGUGAACUAGGCCUUAAAGAAGCCUCCAGAUCAGUGUUUCCUAAACUUGGGUCUCCCAACUGGGUUGUUGUUUUUUUUGGACUACAACUCCCAUCAUCCCCAGCUAGCAAGACCAGUGGACAGGGAUGAUGGGAAUUGUAGUCUGAAAAAAACAGCGGGCGAGCCAAGUUUGGGAAACACUGCUCUGGGAUGAUGUUGGACUACAACUCCCAGCCCUAGCUAGUGUGCUCAGUGGUCAGGGAUGAUGGGAGUUGUAGUCCAAUAACACUCAUAUGUGCCUUAAAAGAAACAAACAGAAACCUUUCCCGAGGAUUUUUGGCUGCAUCUGGGGAUAGACCUGUGAUAUUAGUAAAGCUGCACUCCCAGGCCUGCUUCUGAGCUAACAAGGGAGUGAAAGGUGACAGGCAACUCAAGAGCUAGCUGUUCUCCCUAAAGCCCAACAAUUUUGCUCAGGUUUUCGUAAAUGACACUAACAAUGUUAGUGUUGCUGUUGCUACCCUGUGAGCUAUACCUGUGUAAUUGAAAGUGGGGAAUCAUAAAUACAGCAGCACAGGAAAACCCUUGCACUAGAACCCAUUCGCUCUUGAGGGGCCCAGUGUGCAGACAGGGCUGUCACUUCUCCAGUAUCCUGACCUCACAAGCCUGGCCCCUGUGAUGUCACAAGGCAAUGACUCUUGCUUGACAAAUUUUGAAAGACAAAAAUCUCUGCACUGGGGGAGGUUGUACCAGUAAACAUAUAACUCUGGGGGUUUCACAUUUUUAUGUAAAACUGCUUUGUCAGGUUCAUCUGAAAAGUGAUAUAUAAAUACCUCAAAAUGAAUGACCGAAUAUGUUCUUGGUGAGUUUACAUUGGUUGUAGUUAAGCACUAUAAAGUGGUUACUGAAGUUUUAGGGUUAGGAACACCGAAACUGCCAGUAUGGCAUCGGAGAGGAUCUUGAGGGUGGCCUUAAGAGUUGCCUUGUGUCUGUGUAUUUUUUAUUUUUAAAUCUGGUCUGUUUCUGAAUCACUGUCUCCUCUGCUCCAGUCUGUGUGUUGGGUUCCAUGGCACUCUGUGUAAAACUUAUCUCUCCAUUUGCCUUAAUGGGCACUCUAAAUAUGGCUAUAAUCCCCUGACUUUUGGUGGAAGCAGAUGAAAUUUACAGACACUGGAUAAAACUUAAUCAAGAGUGGGUUAAGCCUGUCAAAUUGCAGACAAAUAGGCCUAGGAACUCUGGCGGGGGAACAUUCUUCUGCAAUCCAUAUUAGGGCAAUACAUUGAUUAGGCAAAAAGGACUUAAGCCUCCAUUUUGGCUUCACAUUUUGGAGGAGGGUGGGAAGCAGGGGUUUAUCUCACUCCUUCUUGCCUUUAAAUGAUUAAGAGGUGACUGAGUGCUGUGCUUGUGCAUUUAAAAAACCUUUCUGCUGGUGGUUAUGUUCUCUGAAAUAGGCUGUACAGAUCCCUGAUAGGCCUCACAACAUGAGACUGACUAGGACACUGCCUUGGAGUUGUGAAGAUCUUUGUUGUUUGCUAAAGUUGAACAGCAUAGAUUUUUUUUUUUAAGCACAUAUUUAAAAAUCAUUCACUGUUGUGCUUUGUGAAAAAUAAUGCGGAGCUCUUGUUACUACUCCACGGGCAACCUUUAAUUUAGCCUCACUUCAUGCAAAGUCCAUGGAACUAGGGAAAGAUUGAGACAUAGGCAAACAUAGAGCUACAAUGGUCAGAAAAUUACAGAGCUACAAAGUUCAGAAAAACAAAGUGACAAGGCUUUGUGGAGUCCCUGUCUCAUGUACAUGUGUGUUGAUGUCAUACUUUGACAGGAGAAGCCCCCAAAACAGUGUUAGAAUUCUCCUGGAUGCUAGGUCCAGUUGCGACCAUGUGGACUUCCUUGGAUGCUAGGAUGGUGGCAGACACCUCCAUUGUGCUGACGGAUCUACACAAUUCAUUUACAGCUUUUUAAUCUUGGAGGGGCAGGGGAAGGCACCUCUUAGAACAGGCAUAGGCAAACUCGGCCCUCCAGAUGUUUUGGGACAACAACUCCCAUCAUCCCUGACCACUGGCCCUGUUAGCUAGGGAUGAUGGGAGUUGUAGUCCCAAAACAUCUGGAGGGUCGAGUUUGCCUAUGCCUGUCCUAGAAAUUCCAUUGUGGUGACCAUUACCUAGGUUUAACAUGCCGUUUGGCAAAUAGCUUUUGUAUUUGAGUUUCUAAAUCACUCCAGUUUGCCUCAUUGUUUAGCCUCCACACCCCUAGUAUAUAUCCAUAAUGGUUAGCAGCCAUUGGUAGCAUUUUCACCCAUGAAUUUGCCUAAUCCCCUUUUAAAGCUGUUUACAUUGGUGGCCAUGACCACAUCUUUUGAUACUGAAUUCCACAACUACUCUCUGUCUGCAGAAGGACUUCCCUUUGUCUGUUCUGAAUUUCCCACCAUUUCAGGGGAGGGGGAACAUUUUCCCUAUCUACACCCUCUAGUCUAUGCCUUGCCUCCCUUCCCCUUAUCCUUGUUUUUUCACAAAAUUCAAAAGCUGUUGUAACCUUUCCUUACAGGGGGAGUUGCUUCAACCUCUUGACCUUUUCGGUUGUCAUUUUCUGCAUCUUUUUCAUCUCUGCAAUAUCCUUUUUUGAGGUAUGUUGACCAGGGCAGUUUUAUUUCUUGCCCCUUUCCUAAUUAUCCUAAACAGGGAUUUGGGGAUAAGAUGAGAAUCUUAGACCAUUUCAAGGUAGAGUUGUACACUGGGGUAUAUAGCACUUCGCACAAUAAUUGAUCAAUAGCUAUCAGCUGAUGAAGUAACUGUUCCAGUCCCCCCAUGUAGCCAAUGCAGUAUAAUUCUGCAUUAUUAUGAUCUUAGAUUCAGUGUGUUUGGUGCCCUCCAAUAUUUUACAUAAACGAUUCCAGCAGCUGCCAAUAUUUUACAUGAAUGACUUGAGUAGCUGCUGUCAUAUAACUAAAAGUUCAUAAUAUGGGUUCAGUCCCCUGAGUACGUGACAGAAGGAAUAAUUUUAGGUGGUAGCAUUGCUUACGACCAAUAUACUCUUGACAUUUUUUGAAGCAUCCAAUUUUUCCACAAAUUGCUAUUACAGUGCUUCAAGGUGUGUAAUAAAUGCCUAGAAUGAUAUGUAUAAAUACCAAAGAUUGAAGUUCUUAUUGCUAAAUUGACAUUAAGCAGGAAGAAAACCUAGUUUAUAAUGUGAUAUUGGGUAUUCAGUGUCAUAGAUGUCAGUCUACAGAAUAAUGAUUGUUGCCAGCAGGCAGCUUGGUAUGCAAUUCUGAAUAUAAAAUAUGACUUUUUAAUGCAAUUUAAACACUGUAUAGAAGGCUAACCAGCUUAUAUGAGUUCCCCACAUUAAUAAUAAGAAAAAUAUAUAUCUUUCUUUAGUACAAUAUGCAUCAUUCCCGUCCAAUCUAAUUUUUUAAAAACAAGCUUAAAUUUUUUUAUUUUUAAUUAAGACUUCUCUCUGCUUGGGACUCCCAGCAACUUACAAUGUAUAACCCACAGGCUAUCACUUGAAUCACACUGUCCUAUCCCAGCUUCUGUGGGAAUUCAAUAUCACCAUGGGGCAGACACUCAUGAACCCGUUGUUCAUGGGAAAAUACUUGUUGGGGAGCGAGGGAGAAGCCUUAAUCUGCUGGUUACAAGUGAUGGGUUGCUGCCUUGGAGAACUAGGCAAAAGAAAGGGUAAGGACCAAGUGUUCCUUUGGUAUUGAGCUUCAGGUUAAGACUGCUGCUUUGUAGCUCUUGUCAGCCACUCUAUUACAGUUGUACCUUGGAAGUCGAAUGGAAUCUGUUCCGGAAAUCCGUUUGACUUCCAAAACAUUCAAAAACCAAAUUGCGGCUUCUGAUUGGCUGCAGGAAGCUCCUGCAGCCAAUCAGAAGCCGUGGAAGCCCUAUUGGACAUUUGGGUUCCAAAAGAACGUUUAUGUUUGCAAACCGGAACAAUCACUUCCGAGUUUGCGGCGUUCGGAGCCAAAACGUACGAGUUCCAGGGCAUUUGACAACAAAGCUACAAAUAGUUUUCAUUUCGUAUCUUUUCUUCUUUCUAGGUGUAGCUAUUCUGUGUUGAGCAGCUAGUUUGGGAACUCUGAAGCAGGGGUGGCUAACCACUUGUUGUUGGACUACCAACUCCUAUCAUCCCCAGUUGGCCUAGCCAGUGGUCAGAGAUGAUGGGAGAUGUAGCCUAUCAGCACCUGAAGGGCAAGUGGUCGGUGAUUAGAAUUGCUAAUGCGUGUUUAUGGGCACAUUCCAAAAUAAAAAUAAAAAUCUGGAAGGGAGGAAUAUGUCACGAUUUUAAAAAUUACGUUUAGCAUCCAUUUAAGAGGAUACCAAUCACUCUUCGUCAAAUGUUGUUGAGUAAAACAUUGUCUCCCAGAAAGUGAAGAAUGCCUAA